UUUUCUCAACCGGACGCGCGAGAAACGGGGCGGAUUUUCGGACGAACAAAGCGCAAAGUUUGGGACCGAUUUUUUUUUUCUUUCGUUUGGUUCUUCCCUUUGGUGCGUCCUGUUCUUGAUGUUGUCGUCGUCGGCGGGGGGAUUUUGUUGAUUUCUUUUCGGCAUCGACGAGCACGGCUAUUGAAAAAUUGACAAACUCUGAGGUGGAGCGACGGUGUGAGGCGACAAGUGGGGCCAAGUGGAUUUAUCACAAUCACCGCGCCGCGAUGUAAUCUUGACCCGGCGUGCGGAAAGGCGGAGCGGAUUCUCGGCUUCAUCUGAUGUCAGUGAAAAGAAUUGUAAAUAUUGAAUUUGCCGAGGUCGGUAAAGCAGAGUAGGUUAGCUGGAGAUUUCGGUUUUUGAAAAGGCAAGACGGGGGAAGGUUGAACUGAGUGGUCUCGUUGCUUCGUUUUGUUCACAUCUCAUGAAUUAAUAAAUUAUCGAAACCUGUCCGCUCGGAGCUCGUCGUCGUCUUCGUCGUAUCGCUGGAAGAGUUUCUUUCUCCUGGAGUCAAAGCUGGAGUCGAUUGCAUACAAGGCAAGGCAAGGCAAAAAAAAGAAAAGAUGAAUAAAGUGAUCUGGCAGAGCACAAAGUCUCGACGACGUUGGUGAGCAGAACGCUCCCAGAAACGGAGCAAGUCAAGAUAGCCCAAGAAGAAGGAGAGCAUGAAAAAUGAUGCAAUUAUAUAAUUAAGAAGUUUGAAAUAUUUUUGUCCGUAUAUCGUCGUCGUGAGUGUGAUGCGAUACGAUCGGGCAAGUGAGAGAAUGGGUAGUGAGGAGCAGUGAGAGGGGUCGUUUUCGGGUGUUAUUACUUUUCACGGUUCCGGGCUCGCGAGGCUCCACCGCGUGUUUGUUUUUACCUACAUCGAAGAGCGCAUUUCGCGCGCGACUUCUUGUGCAGCCGAAAGAAAAAUUCUCAACGAUUUAGAUCGAUAUCGCACACAUCGCAUCGUUUGGCUGCUUCUCUCCGAGAAGGUAGUCGUGAUCUGCAGUACUUCAACCGAAAGCACUGAUCGUCCCUUUACACGUGGGCCAACAUGGCGCCGUCGUUGUCAGUUGUUGGACUGUUGUUGUUGAUGGUUUGCUCACUGACAGCACUGAUUUCAGCAAGCCAUGCUUCCGUCGUCCCAAAGCAGCCGUCGGUAACAGCAGCAGUGACAACGUCGGAAGCUCGUCGUAAUGUCGUUCUUACAUCGAGUGAUCCAACGACUACGGAGCUAAAAAAGGAGACAACAGGAGGAGAGGAACGACCCCCAUCAGCGUGGAGCUUGACGGUGGCCACCGAGAAGGAGAAACGGGAGGAGGAAACGAUCAGGUCGUGUCGUGAAGCAUGCUCGAAGAAGCACUCAAUCAACGGAACAUUGUUAUGUUCACAGCUGCCGGAAUGCUCAAUGUGCCAGAAAAGUUGCGAAGCAGCUCAACAUCAUAAUAAUCUGGACCAUCUUCGAGCGUCAACACCUCGCAAACUAUUGUUGGUGCUGUUGGAGAUGACCCGGAUCGAAUCCCUGGUGACGGCUGAGGUGGCCUGGGUUCACAUUCCGGUGGCUCCAACUGACCCUGGCAAUCGGCCCCGACAGCAGUUCCAGUGCCUGGUGACGUGGGAAGUGGCCGGCGGUGGCCUCAUGGGAAAUCUGCUAACCGAAUCCGCCCGGGUGCAGCUGUCGCUCUGGCCCGAUACCAAGUACCGGGUGCAGGUGACCUGCCGGAAUAGGCGAACUAACGCCCUCGUUCGUUCCUCGCCAAUCACGCUGAACACCUCAACGGCCACCGAAAUCCAUCCGUCGUCAUUCAAACACCUGUCGGUGGUGAAAUCACAACAUUCUUCACCUUUCCUCAAACAAGUAGCAAUCAAAACCAGCAGCAACGAGAUGAUGACGCAAAUGGUCCAUCAGCCGCAGCAGCAUCAAGAUCAGCAACAGUCCAAUUACCGGAACCAUCAAAACCACCAUCAGCAGGAAGUUGCAACGGAAUUUCACUCCCAGCAGCAGCAGCACCACCUGACAGCAGUUUGGCCACAUUUGGCAAACGACGUCAUCGUCAUCGGAUCAUCUCGGCAGCAGCAACAGGAUGCGGUUCUGUUGGGAGUUUUUGGGGCCAUUUUGGGGGUCAUUUUCGUCCUGCUCACCGGGGUAAUUUUCGUUAAGCGGAAGAAACUGCAAAAGGAUUUAGAGUGCGAAGAAAAGCGGGAACAAAUUAGGAAGGCAUCCGCUCAAAAUAUGAUGGAAGUUUUGCAUGUUUAAACCGUUGUACAUUUUUGAAGGUUCGCAAAAUAUUGUUGAGCUAGCUUGAAGUAAAUUUUAAAAGCGAUAAUUAUUCAACUUCUUCCUCAUACAUGUUGUGAUAUUCACAAUAAUUUUAGAAAAGUUUUCUACAUAUUUCGUGAACAAUGUUUUAAAAAUCAUGUACAGUUAUAUAAUGGCACAGCUUUGCAGCAGCUUAGUUUUUCAAGGCAUCGAAUAGUUAUUCAAUUUUAAAACUGUAGAUAAAAAGUUUUGAUCAAAAGUUUACAGCGAAAUAUCUUGGCAAUACCACACAAAAUUUAAUACAUAAAUUAGAGAUGUACCGAAUAUUGAUAUUCAGCCAACGACCGAAUGCCGAAUAUUGACAUUUUCAACUAUUUGGCAGAAUAUUCGAUUGAGUUGUUAUGAAAAAACCAGAAGCGAUUAUACGAUUUUCCUUCUAAAGGGAGUACGAAAUCAAAUUGCACCAUUUUUAAAUGGCUGUAACUUUUUACCCGUUGAGUAUUUUCUAUUCAAAUUUUGGGUGGAAUCAGUUCAAUGUGUAUUUGUUUACGCUGUCAUAGUUUCACUAGCAGAUGUGCAGUUGUUGCGAAGAUGGAGUAGGAAGAACACGUACCUCGAAAAUCCGGAUCUUUCUCAUCGUGCCAUCGGCAAGAAGCUGGGAAUGGUACAUACUACGGUGUUUCGUGUUGUAAAUCGGUACCACGAACGUUUGAUCAUCGAUCGGAAAGAAAAAAGUGGCAAAAUGGACCUCCGUGUAAUGUUAAGAGCAAACGCACCAAUAAGUGAGUAUAAGCGGCCCGGUUUUGCUCAUUUCAGCGGACCGGUUUUGGAAUACACACUCUUUCGUGCACCGGGCGGUAGCAUAAUUAUUUUUAAAUUUAGCAUUGCACUGAGAAAACUUUUGAAGAAAAUCUAAAUUUAAAUUAAUACGUACCGAGUAAAUUUUCGGAGUCGUCAGUUUUUUGCUCAAAUUUCGAUGAAUGUUGGUCUUAAAAGGGCCUGGGGGUGUUGGCAGUUAUUUGACGGGAUAGCUGCUAUCCGUAUCGUGACGUCAAAGUCUACAUCCUGGUUGAACAUGCCAUACAGAAGCAGCAAGGCCAAGCAGCUUCGAACACCAGCAAUCGGGUCCGAUGACGGAUGCAGCAAGAACUUCCGAGCAGGAUGUUUGCUUCGCUUGGCCUCGUCAUCGUAUCUAUAGGACACCGCUUUCAACCGGUGGUGGUUGUAAAGCGUUGAGUUUUCCUUACGGUGUUUCCAAUUCCGUGUCACCCGUUUGCUGGAUUGUGAUUAAAAACUUAUUGAAUUGUAGGACGACUUGAUUGAAUAAAAUAAGUUCAGAUAAGAAUAUAUUUUCGAAUUAAGCUCGAUUUUGCUUUCAAAACGCCGGGCACUUAUAUUUCCUAACAAAUGGACCCGAAAAACAAAAUUUAACAAACCAAACAAUUCAACUAAAAUUCAACUUUAUUUGUUUAUUAUAUUUAUAUUAAAAUCAUACUUUUCUAAAAAAUCUUCAACUUCUUUUUCUAUCCAACGUGCUGAUUGAAAUAAUUGCUGCUCCGAAAAACUGGGUCCCAUUAGUUGCAAACUUAUUGGACCUCGUUCCGGAAGCCGAAUCGGUAGGGACAGUACUGGAAUGCCACCCAUAUCGGCCGGUUGGAUACAAAAAUCCUGCACAGCGCACUGGUCUCGAUUAUUAUUACUCCGAGAAACUCCGAGUGACCAUUUUUGGUCACAAAUUACGAUGCUUCAAGUUUGUUUAUCUGAAAUUGAGUGAGAAAGGAAAAAAUGUUAUCAAAAUUCAUAGGUAGAAAAAAAGUCAAAAACAGUAUAAAAUACAAAAUAAAUAACUCACCAUCAGAACCAGCAUUUACACUUUCUCGUUCAAUUCCUGGAAAACCCCGAAAAAAUGUAACGAAAUUGCGAGUUUAACUGCAGUUAUUACAAGAAAAACCAUCCACAAUUUUAAGCUGAUACAAUUUUUUUCUUAAAAUAAAUAUCAACAAACAUCUACACGCUGCGACAUCGUUUGUUUAAUUCUGCUCAAAACGGUAGAAUUUUUUCAGUGCAUGUUUGCUCUCGCCCCUUUCUAGUGAGCAAAUUUGGUGAUUUUGUCGGUCCCGACGGCAUCGGCCCUAUUUUGCUCACCUUCAUACUAACCCCCGGUGCGGUAUGGAAGUGAUUAAACUCGUGAGCAUUUUCACUUUGCUCGCGAUUGCUGCGGAUGCCCUAAGGAUCACAAGCGGGUAGUUCAAGCUUUCAAGAGGAAUCCCAACAGUUCAGUUCGAGAUGUGGCGAAGAAACUGGAUCUAAUCAAAAGUUUCGUUUAAGAUGCGAAAAAACGUAAAGGACUACACACGUACAAAGUCCAAAAGGCUUCUAAUCACGAUGAACGGCAAAAUACGGUAGGUAAAACACGUGCACGGAAGCUCUACCAUAGAGAACAGACAUACAAGCUCGAACAAAAAAUCAUCAAAAAAGUGUGUAAAAUUUGGAAUGCUGGCACCCAAAAAAAUACGUUGAAAAUUUACUUGAAACAGUGCCAUUUAUUGCGCUGUUAAAAAGUUACAAAUCAAAUUUUCAAGUGCAAGUUUUUCGAAAAGGCUUAUCGUAUAUGAACACAUUAAUAAUUAAACUAAUGCCGCUCUUAAAUAGAAUGGUUCAAUUUUUUUGCUAGAUAAAUGCUAUAAGAGUUACUUUUGAUUAGACAAAAUUUCACUCCCUUUAUUUUGCACUACUGAGGCAGUCAAUUAAAUAACAGUUUUAGAAUAAUUUUUUGCACUUCUUGGACGUUAAUCGUCAGAGGAGGACGAAUUGGCUAUAUUCAGUCAAUUAGGUACUUUCUUUACAAUCUGUCUUACCCAUAAGUUCCCAUUUAUUCUAGACAUCUCGAAGCGGGAUACUUUUGAGAAACACUUUUGCAUCCCAUUGUUCAUAAUUUAGUACAUUCUAGUUUGAAGGAAAGAGGGAUUAAAUUUUAAGAUAUUUUUCCAUUAUGCAAUGUGAC